AGUCCUGAAUUACCCCUUAUUUUUCUUCGCUGUCGUGUCCACUGUCGUAUUAACUUAUUUCUUUGCGGUGAUACAUUUCCUUCGGUUUCGUUUUCAUAAGUUUUCGCUAUUUUGGUGCCAUUUCUGCACUGGAGUAAUCACAGUUCAGAAGAAUUUGGGUCGUAACAGCGCGCUUUGAGAUUCAAUUCUUAAGUCGAAAUCGAAACUCUAGCCUACUUAAGCAUCGUCGCGCCCGUGCACGUUGUGCGUUAGAAUUGAGAAGCCAUAACCGGUUUUUAAUGAACACUUCCCUGAUCGGAGAAUGAACACAAUCCGAAUAAGAGCAGCAUUAGGUAGAUGAAUGGUGUGUACAAAUGACUGGCCUCGAGAUGGUGUAAGUUUGGAGAAACGAGCAAGUUGACUAUGGCUGAGGAUUACUACUCGAUUGAUGAGGAUGAGGAUGAGGAUGAGGUGGAGCAGGUCAGGAAGGCACUGGAAAACCAGACCUUGACUUUAGCGGUGGCUAAGAUCCAGGACUACUGUGAGCAGCUUGACCAUGUGGACCUAAAUAUUGCCAUCACGGGAGAGUCUGGCUCUGGCAAGUCCACCUUUGUCAAUGCAUUCCUGGGCCUGGGGGAUGAAGACGAGGGGGCAGCUCCAACCGGUGUGGUUGAGACGACCAUGGAGCCAACUGUGUACCCCCACCCUAAAUAUCCCCAAGUCAAAGUGUGGGACCUUCCUGGGAUCGGGACACCCAACUUCAAAGUAGACGAGUACCUUCAAAAAGUAGAAUUCCAGCGAUAUGAUUUCUUCAUCAUCAUUGCCUCAGAACGAUUCAAAGUCAGCAGCUUGAAGCUGGCCACUGAGAUUCAGGGCAUGAAGAAGAGGUUCUACUUUGUUCGCUCAAAGAUCGACAGUGACCUAGAUGCAGAGAAAAGGAAGAAGGGCUUUGACAAGGACAAAACACUCAGUUUGAUUCGGCAAGACUGCAUCAAAGGCCUCCAGGAAAGCGGGGUGCCAUCUCCCGCAGUCUUCCUCGUCUCCAGCUUCAACCUGCAGCUCUACGACUUCCCGCAGCUGGAGGAGACGAUGGAGAGAGAGCUGCCCAAGCACAACGAUGAGACCAUUGCAGACAGAUGUAUCAAGAGUCAACUUCUGACCAGUUCAUGUGACUUUGUGGAAAAUUACUUCUGAUCUUCUGUUGUCUUAUGCAGUAUAACAAAAAUAUGUGAUCUUUAAAAGGGAAUUCCACUGCAAAACAACAUUAACCCCAUUUAACUGAUUUUACCAGAUGAUUCUCUCAGUGACUGGCAAAAGCAAUCUCUGAACAAAGAUAUCAGCAGAGAUAGGGGCUAAUUUUCCUUUACCAGUUCAUUUUUGAAGAACUACAAUGGGGGGGGGGGGGGUAGUUCUUAUAGACGAAGGGGGCAUUGAUCGGACUCCCGUCAGAGAGAGAUUUUGGCUAGCAGCUGUUCCAACUGUAAAAAGUAUUACCUUUUUUAAUUUGUGCUUGUUUUAAUUGAGAGCUACAUCUACUGAAGUAUGCCAACUGUGAAUGGUGAGUUUCAAAUUUUUCAACAUUUUUAGGGCUUUAAGUUCACACGAAGAUGGAACCACAGGGUUGCAGCUAGUCAUUAGCAGGUAAAGCAGGUACCUGGAGCAUGUGCAGUAACUCAGGGCUGUAUCUCUGCAUGCACUACAAGUAUGGAGUCAGGUUGAGGGCUCAUUUUAUGUUCAUCAGGAGGACACUCAAUUUAAAAUGGCAUUCCCCUUUGACAUCAAAAUGUACCCAGGCAAUCGCUGAGCGUUUGACUAUACCACUUUUUGUAUCUUGCUUUUUUAUCCUUAACAGAAAGAGCCAAACAUUACAAGUUCAUGAGGACGUUUUCAUGGGAAUUAAACUUUGUAUAUUCUUUAGGAAUAUAUAGUACUUUUUUCAAUUUUUAUGUGGAUGUGUCAACAGGUCUAUACAGAAAAUGUAUUCACACCAUGGACAAAUACAUAGCUGGUUUGACUUAUUUUAUAGAAGGACAAUCAUCUACAUUUCAGGGAAACAAUCCAUGUUCUGUUCUGUUUGGGACUGGUAUAGCACAUACAUGGUUGGAGUGGGUAUUUUAUAUUUAAAAUUAAGCUAAUUUAUGUCACAUGUAAG